ACUCCUUGGCACAGAUCCUUUGAAGACUACAAGUCCGGCUAUGGGAUUCUGGAAGGCAGUGUACAUUCCUGUGGGCCAUGUUGUUUGCAAGUGUGCUGCUUAGCCAUGGUUUCCAUGGCAGAUGGGAAAGGGGCUCCCAUUGCAAGCCAGCCUUGUGGCAUCUCCAGGAAAUACCGAAUUAGACGCUUCCUUUAUCUUUCUCCUGCAGGCAGGGCAUUCAAGAAGGGACUGCUCAGCUGAGUAUUUGUUUGUUCCUCAGACGGUCUGCUAACAGCCCUUAGGUUCUUGUUCCAGGGGGAAGAUAUUCCUGAGAGAGUGGAAGAUGACCUUCCUCAGGCCCUUCUUUCUCCUUGGCUUCCUUCCCUUGGUCCUCCCUGCAUGCCCCAAACCUUGCCGCUGUGCUGACGAUAUCAUUGACUGCAUGUCGACCGGUCUCACAGACAACAUCAUCCCCGACUCCUUUGCCCCUUCAACCAGGAAGAUCUACCUCAACAACAAUGAGCUAACCUUCAUCCCCAGUGGGCUCUUUGACAACCUGAAGGUUGUCCAGGAGAUCUACCUGUGGGGGAACCCGUGGGAAUGUGACUGUGGCAUCCUUUACUUGCGGUCUUGGCUACAGUGGCAGCAGAACCGGACCACGUACCGGAAUAUUGUGUGCUCUUCCCCUACACAUCUCCAAGGCAGGAUCAUCACCUAUUUGUCAGAGGAUGAGAUCAUUGCUACGUGCCAGUAUUGGUACUGCAGUGUGGCCCUCUUCUCCCAGAUCUGCCUUUUUGUCUUCAUCCUGUUGCAAGCGGUUCUCCUCAUCCUCGUUCUCAUCUACAUUCGUAGGUUCCAGAAAGUUGCCAGAGAAGCCAGGAGAACAACUGCUGAAUUCUAUGGGGACAUGGAUCCGUGGUCUGCUGCUAGUAAGAAUGGGGCUGACUGAUCAACUUUGGGCAACAAAAUAAUCAGGAAGCUGCAUUUCCAGAAUCUUCUUUCCUCCAGAAGGAUCCUAACAUUCUAUCAACGAUUUGGCAGAUUUUGUUUAAAAAUGGGAAUUCUGCACAGAAAUGAAGAAUGAAUUUUCCCCUGCAAUCGAAUCCCUGGCACAAGGUCCUGUUAUUUUGUUCCCGUACUUUUUAAUGUUAAUCCACAGGGACAUUAUGAAUGAGGGCUUUUAAAGAACCUUAGUCUUCAACUGUCCUGCUCAGGUCUUUCCAAACGCAGGGCAACCAUGUCUUUCUCGGUUGAAUCAAUCCAUCUGUAGAGUGCUAUUUUCUUCUUUUCCCACUUUAUGAAGCAUGAUGUUUUGUUCCAAUAAAUCAUGUCAGCUAAUGAUA